UACAAAAUAUGUUGAUCCUACUUCUUAUUUUGUGUCCUGCCACUCUGGCUGGGCACAUGGAGACAAUGUAUUCCUGGAAGGCGGUUGACUUUGUUUUUCCCUCGGAGGAAAUCAGGACCGAAAGUCUCGCCAACGGAGAUUUCAUUCCUGAAAACAAUCUGAUUAUCGACGUUGACACAUGGGCAGAACAUGGAAGGGACCGGAAGAUGUUUGUCACAAUGCCCAAAUUCAAGGUAGGGGCUCCAGUAACCCUUGCAAUGGUGACUGACCAACAACGAGAUAAUGUGACUCUCCUACAACCCUACCCGGACUGGUCGUGGCACCAGGGUGACUGUGAUGGGAUAAACUCUGUGUUCCGGACUCACGUGGACAGGUGCGGAAGGCUGUGGGUUUUAGACUCUAGUGUUAUCAACGUUUUCACCACCUUUGAGAGAAAAUGUCCCCCGCAAAUAUUGAUCUUUGAUCUCCGUACAGAUACUCUUAUCAAGCGUUACAGGAUCCCAGAUUCUGACCUGGACCAUAGAAAUCUUCUGCUCAACAUCGCUGUAGAUACAAGAACUCCAGACUGUAGUGAUGCUUUUGCUUACAUCUCUGAUGCCGUGUCCUACAAGCUGAUUGUGUAUGACUCCGCUAAAGACAAGUCCUGGAGAGCCUCUGGGGACUGUUUUGGUCCUUACGAAGAAGCCUUAAAAUUCCACACUGCUGAUAAACACUACAAGCUCAACUUUGGAAUGUUCGGCCUAGCUUUGGGUCCUCUCCGCAACAACGGUGACCGCACCCUUUACUUCCACAGUCUCACCAGCGUAAAAGAGUCUUGGGUAACGACCUCUGUCCUCCGCAACAGUCAGCUGUUUCUCGAGGACCCUGGCGGAGCUGCGGACAGCUUCCACGAGUUCAACGCCACCAGAAGUUCACAAUCUGCUGCCGAGGACAUGUCCGAUUGUGGCAUCAUGCUCUACUCCUUGGUGGGUGAUAACUCCAUUGGUUGUUGGAACUCUCGUCUGCCUUUUGAGGAAGAAAACAUGGACAUUGUAGCAAAGGACGAUGAAAGGCUUCAGUUUCAAAGUGGAUUGAAAAUCUAUGGGGAUGAUGUGUGGACGUUGAGCUGUCGAUUUCAAAACUUCUACUUGAAUCAGGUCCCCAACGAGGAGGUUAACUACAGAAUUAAUAAAGGAAGAUUAUCUGAACUUGUGAAGAAUACCAGAUGUGACCCGGCUGUUGUGGCAAAUUCUCAUGCAUCUGCAAUUGAGUUUCACUACCUUUGAUGUUCAAUAUGUUGACUAAUUUAAAACUAUCAGGGAGGUAGCAUUUUCAUCGUAGGGAUUACAGAUUCAUGUUGUAAUUCUCUUGUUUAUACAAACGAGAUAAACACUAGUAUAUAUUUUCCCCAAUGGCAUGAGACAUGUAGAAUUCAUAGUUUCUAAAAUCUUCGAAAACAAUAGCACGAGAAAUUAAAUAUUUCAACCAUCCUUAAGAUUGGCAUUUUUACAGAGACAGAUUCCAAGUCCAGAGAUUUCCUAGUCAGUCAUAGGUAGGUAUGUUUGGCUUUUGAGAGCGGCGAUCAGCACAGUACAUUAGGCUACUAUAAUUUCCGAACUAAAAUUACACUCCUAUACAAAAGAUUAACCCUGAUCUUAAACUGAUAUGAUAAAGCAUCAUAAGUCCAAUGAAGAGUCCCGUAAUAUACCAAAGCGAUUCCCCACCACAUGUAAAUAUAAACCCAUGCCAGAAAAAAACGAGAGUUCCUGCGGAUAAAAAAUACAAUACGCAUGUAAUUGAUGAAAUGUAGCAAAACGCUAAUGGACUAUCACUAAUUUCACAAACCAAAACAGUCAUCAAUUAAGUCAUCAAUACUAUUAAGUUUUAUCAAUCAAUUUAAAAAUUCAAUACAACAUUAUUGGUCAGGAUUUUCCAGAGACAUUAUUGGACCUGGAGCAUACUCCGUUCCCAGCAUUUAGGUUGUUUAAGGGGAGUUCCCACACCACUUCUUUUUGCCUUAAGUAUAUUGCAGAUGAUUGACGUUUUAACAAAUCUCACUUGUUGAGCUAUGUUUUAAUUGUAGGAUCACGAAUACUUGAACAGAACCUCAUAAACAUACACAAAUUACGUUGCUGGCCCGAAUCCAAUAGGCCUACUAAUAGCAUUAACAUAAAAUGGUUUAGACAUUUCCGUUUAAGCAAUGUAAUUUAAUAAUUUUUUUUGCCAGAAACAUAAUUUUUUUAAGUUUAUGAUCCAUCUUCUGUUCAAGUAUUCGUGGGUAGAAUCAAGACGUGAAGGGGAUAGAUUUCUUCCCCCAAAAUUUCCAAAAUUUUGUGAAUUGAUUGAAGUCAGCUGAAUAUCUUGAUUAAACUUUCCUGAAUGAAAUAAUGUUUUCAAAAUUUUUUUACACUACCAGUUACUGAUACUGUUUGUAAUUUAAAAAAUGAAUCCUUUAAUUUGAUAGUCUAAUCCUGUAAUGCAAUGCUAAACUAUUACGGGCUGUGUUUAUAUUGUUAACUAAUUGUUAAAUAUGUAUGAGUUUAUUUAUUUAUUGUAAAUUUAAACAUGCAUGUUAAUAGAAAA